AUGACGGACCCCCUUCGCAUGGACUUUGUCGACGCGGUCUGCGGCAAGGAGAUCUACAACUUCUUCAAUAACCGCGUCAUUGAGCACACAAACUCGACCGGGGCCGAUGCGGCCACCAUGGAAUGGUCAGAGGGUGACACGGUGCAGUACGCUGCACCGAAUGGCGUUUUGGCGCCAAACGUGCGCGGUAUCUACGAAAUUGUCACAAGGAAGCCUAUUGCACGCGUCCUCGUGACCGAGCGUGUUCCUGGCGGCCAGCUACGCACCCAGCUCGCUUGCAUGCGCGCCUGUACGCAACCUUUCAUCGGGCGAGUUGGGCGCCAGCGUUUGCGCAACCCUUACGAUCGUAUACCCACGACAUACUGUGGACCGUUUGCCGAUGAAAAGGCAUUCGAUACGUGGUGUCUAGCCCGUGUCACGGCCCUCCGUGGCCCGUUUGUCCGUCUGAAAUGGCAGUGGCUCAUGAGGCGGGAAAAGCGCAACCCACCGGGCGCUUUCGUUCUGACGCAUGGCGAUCUGAGCCCGCGAAACAUUAUUGUUCAGGACGGUGUUAUUACGGUCAUCAUUGAUUGGGAAACGAGCGGCUUCUACCCUGAGUAUGCUGAGUACGCGUUUGCUAUGAUGCUGAGUCAUGGACAUGAGAAGUGGUGGACGCCUGUGUUGAAAGAGGUGCUACAGCCUUGCUCGAAGCAGCGGCUCGAAUUCACGCGUCUGUUUGAGGACAGAGGAUGGUGA